UGUGCACACUUUAGUCACGUGACGGGAGGAUGCUCGGCCAAUCAGGAUGCAAGGAGGUGCAUAUAAAGCUGGCAAAAAGUGGCACUUCAGUCAAGUUGCUGGGGAGGAGCACUUUGUACCCUCUCCCAACAAGCCGCAGACCCCGGGCAUCUCCGAGCUGCACCCAGGAGCACCCGACUCCUCAGAAGAGAUCUCCAAGGCAAGCUGCGCCAAGCAUCUGGGACGCACAGGGUUCUUAGUCCCUUGAAUAUGAAGGCUGCAAUGUCACCGGUGGGAAGCCUGGGCAUUAUCUCAGUCACCGAGAUCCUUAUUGCCUCGGCUGUCUUCUGUCUGACCUUCAUGGUCAUCAGAUCCUUCCGGCAGCAGAUCCCCAAGGGGCUGAAGAGGCUCCCAGGACCAAGGGGUUACCCCCUGAUAGGCAGCGUGCUGGAGCUGGGGAGCAAUCCACACCUGACCUUGACCCAGAUGAGCCAGACAUAUGGAGAUGUGAUGCAGAUACAGAUUGGCACCAGACCUGUGCUGGUGCUGAGUGGGCUGGACACCAUCAAACAAGCCCUGGUGAAACAAGGGGAGGACUUCAUGGGGCGCCCUGAUCUCUACAGCUUUCGCAAUAUUGGAGAUGGCCAGAGCUUGACCUUCAGCACUGAUUCAGGGGAGGUGUGGAGAGCUCGCAGGAAGUUGGCCCAGAAUGCCCUGAAGACCUUCUCUGUCUCACUCAGCCCCAACUCUUCGUCCACCUGCCUCCUCGAGGAGCAUGUCUCCAAAGAAGCUGACUACCUAGUAAUGAAGUUCCUGCAACUAAUGGAAGAAGAGAAGAGGUUUGACCCAUAUCGGUACGUGGUGGUCUCUGUGGCCAAUGUCAUCUGUGCUAUGUGCUUUGGCAAGCGUUACGACCAUGAUGACCAGGAGCUGCUCAGUAUGGUAAACCUGAACAAUGAAUUUGGGGAGGUGGCUGCCUCCGGCAACCCUGCAGAUUUCAUCCCAGUGCUCCAGUAUCUCCCUAGCCGCCCCAUGAAAAUUUUCAAGGAUCUCAAUAAGAGGUUUGACUCCUUUCUGCAGAAGAUUGUUAAGGAGCACUACAGCAGCUUUGAUAAGGACAAUAUUCGAGACAUCACUGACUCCCUGAUUGGGCAUUGUCAGGAGAAGAAAGUGGAUGAAUCUGCCAAAAUUCAACUCUCUGAUCAGAAGAUUGUCAACAUAGUCAAUGACCUUUUUGGAGCUGGUUUUGACACUGUGACAACUGCAUUGUCUUGGAGUCUCAUGUAUCUUGUGACAUAUCCAGAAAUUCAGAAGAAGAUUCAGGAAGAAUUAGAUCAGAUGAUUGGCAGAGAGAGGAGACCCAGACUGUCAGACCGCCCCAUGCUGCCUUAUACAGAAGCUUUUAUCUUAGAGAUGUUCAGACAUUCCUCCUUCCUGCCCUUCACCAUUCCUCACUGCACAACGAAAGACACAGUACUGAAUGGCUACUUCAUCCCGAAGGAUCUCUGUGUGUUUAUCAACCAGUGGCAAGUCAAUCACAAUGAGAAGCUUUGGAAAGAUCCAUCUACCUUCAACCCAGAGCGUUUCCUCAGUGCUGAAGGGACUGAAGUAAACAGGGCAGAGAGUGAGAAAGUGAUGACGUUUGGCUUGGGGAAGAGGAAGUGCAUUGGUGAGUCCAUUGGCAGGUGGGAGGUCUUCCUCUUCUUGACCAUCCUGCUCCAGCAACUGGAGUUCAGCGUAUGUGAUGGUGAGAGGGCCGACAUAACACCUCAGUAUGGACUGACCAUGAAGCACAAGAGGUGUGAGCACUUCCAGAUUAAACAGCGCUUUGAAGUGAAGAAAUCUGGGUGAGCUGCAGAUUCUCAUUGCUAGGACCCAGAGGGAAAUGCAACAUCACAAUAGUUUGGCUUUUGGAAACUACCACCAAGACCACUUUGAAUGCUGACAUGCUCUAGAGCAUAAGAUAAUACAAGCCAUGUUGACUCUGCAUCUGUACUGACAUAGUGGAGGUUUGCUCAUAUCUGACAUGUCAAUGUACUCUAUCUGCAGCUGUUUAUUGGCAUUCAAAGACUGUAUUGCAAAUGACUCAAAAAUUGGUAACGCCUGCCAAGUAUGCCCUGAGGAGCAUGCCCUAUAGCGACAUCUUACACUUCAAUUAGCCAGCUCCAUCAUUCUUACCUGUAGAAACAACAGAAUCGGGCAACAUGCUUUGAUCAUGCAGCUGAUCUUGAGAGGUUUUACACUGAGUAUCUUGAGUUCUCUGCUGAACUUCCGUUAACAUCCCUGAGGUGUAGUUCUUUUAUGACAGGCACCCAGGUUUUUUUGUGUGCCUUAGUUUAGAAUAAGCAAUUUUGGCCUAAGAUUAUCUCUGAAAUGUAACCAGCUGGCUAUGGCUGUGAAAUAUAUAUUGAAUAUAGAAUCAGAUGUAUAACCUGUAAACAGAACACAUUUUGCAGACAUUAUUUCUAAUCUCACUGGCUCAUCUCAGUUGUCUAAAGGUUUUGAGGAGAAACAUAACCAGCCUUCUCCUAAAUGGCUGGGAUGAAUAAUUUUCAGAUUAGGAGUCGUUUGUGAAAUUUCCAAUCUAUUUGUGCUGGCUGAAAUGCAUCUUUUGGCAGAGAGCUAGCUCAAUACCCAUGUACUACUUAAGUCUUAUUUUCAAGGCUUAUGUGAACUUAAGUGUUGCAGAGAGAAAUGUCACCUGCUGUGUGGCUGGUCAGCUAAAUCACAUGGUAUCUAUCCUUCUCCCUGAAAUAUUUUAAAGAGGAGAAUAGUGAAACAUGCUUAUCUUGUAAGAAAAUUCAUAAAACUGUUGGGAUUUGUGAGCAUUUCCUUUAAUAUUUGGCAAUUGUCUGGAUACUUGUAAAUAACCCUUAGCAAACAACUUGAUACCGUUGUACAUGAAAAUCAUAUUAAGUCAGCAGUGUUACUAGACCAGGUCUAUUCAUCUAACAAAAAGCCUUUUUUCAAAGUCCCAAGUUAAAAUGGGUGAAAACAAAGGAUAGACAGUGAGAGGGGAAACCAAAGACAUUAUUUGCCUUCAAACUGUGUAUUGCUGCUCUUUAAAACUAGUUUUUAGAGAGAAUUGGUAAUAGAUUUAUAUGUUCAGUCUAGCAAAAGGGGAGGAGGGACAGUAAGUGGGACUCUAUCUUGUACUGACAACCUCUGCUGUAUUCCAUAUGUCCAUCCAGAGUAGUUGUCUUCAUUACAAAUAAAGGAAGCUUAUGUCCAU